UUACGCUGACUACCCGGCGCGCUUGCUCGACUCGCGGCUCGGUCACCAUCCACUGCGGAACAAGAGCCCACGGGGGCCGGAUGGGCACGCAGCCAGGAGAGGAGCAAGCGAGCGAGAGAGCAGACAAGGAUAAGGCCAGAAGACUGACGCCAUGUCGCUGAUCCUGCCCGACUGGGUGGAGCACCACCUCGACACCGACGACAAGCGCAAGCGGCAGACAAUCUUCAGCCUGCAUGUUCAUCCGGACGGCAGCCGCCUCGCCACGGGUGGGUUGGACCAAAAGGUGCGCAUCUGGGCCACGGCGCCCAUCCUCGACGCGGGCGCCGAGCAGGCAAAGGAGGGCGUCAACAAGGUUCUGUGCACCCUCUCGCGCCACACGGGCUCUGUCCUUGUCGUCCGCUGGUCGCCCUCGGGCCGCUUCCUCGCCUCGGGCUCCGACGACAUGGUCGCCCUCGUCUGGGACCUGGACCCGUCGGGCAUGGCCGGCAGCACCUUUGGCUCCUCGGGCGCCGAGGUCAACGUCGAGGCCUGGCGGCCCUACCGGCGCCUCGCCGGGCACGAGUCCGACAUUGUCGACCUGGCCUGGAGCAACGACGAGGACGACAGCUACAUUGCCACGGCCGCCCUCGACUCCAAAGUCAUUGUCUGGUCGGGGCCCCGCAGCAACUCGUCGGGCGGCUUUGAGAAGCUGCGGCGCAUCGAUGGCCACCAGGGUUUUGUCAAGGGCCUCGUCUGGGACCCCAUCGGCCAGUUUCUCGCCACCGCCAGUGACGACAAGACGGUCAAGAUCUGGCGCGUGGGCGGCGACUGGGGCCUGGAGAGGACGGUGACGGAGCCGUUUGAGACGAGCCCCAGCAGCACCUUUUUCCGCAGACCAAGCUGGUCGCCCGAUGGCGCGCAUCUGCUGUGCGCAAACGCCAUGUCGGGACCCGUCUUUGUGGCCAGCGUGGUGCGGCGCGACGAGUGGAGCAGCAACAUCCACCUCGUCGGCCACGAGAACAGCGUCGCGGUCACGGCCUUUUCUCCACGCCUAUUUCGGCAUCCAGAGGCCGCCACCGUGCUCGCUCUCGGCUCCCUCGACCAGAGCGUCUCCAUCUGGAUCACGGGCAAGUCCCGGCCCGUGCUCGUGGCCCGCGACGUGUUUGAGCGCCAGGUCAUGGACCUCAGCUGGUCCUCGGACGGCCUCACGCUCUAUGCCUGCUCGGCAGACGGCCACAUUGCCGUCUUUUCCUUCACCGAGGAGACUCUGUACCCCGUCGCCUCGCCCGAGGAGCUCGACCGCGCGCGCGAGGUGUUUGGCUACUCGCAGCACCGGGCUGCCAUGCGUGCCAUGAAGGCCCCGCUCUCGCGCACGGCCGAGCCGGCCUCGUCGCAGGGCACCCUCAACCGGCCCAACAUGCUCGUCGCUCGCAAGCCGGCCGUGCCGCGCGCGGGUGCCGUCGCUCCCAACGGUGCACCCCAGCCAAAGGAGCGGCUGAACCAGACGAUUACCAUCAACAAGGACGGCAAGCGCAGGAUUCGGCCGACGCAGCUCAACGGCGACGCAGACUACGUCGACUAUGGCGGUGCAAGCGGUGGCUUUGAUGAGGUCCACCAGGCAAGCCAGGAGGCAAGCUCGAGCAUGAGCAUGUCGCGCAUCCUCGGCGACAAUGUCGACGCACGAGCGACAAAGCGAGGCAGGUUCGACGAUGACGCUGCGCGCACCAACGGGAGAACAAGAGAUGUUGGCCGGACGCUGGGCGGGGAUCUUCAGAGGAGCGCAGCAGGGCCUCAGGUGACGCUCAGAGCUGCAGCAGGCGCGGGCAUGGCAGCAGGAGCAGGCAUGGCAGCAGCAUCAGCUGGGCCAUUGUUGCCGGUGCCAGAUGUGCUGAGCAUAUACAGAAAAGAGGAAGGGCUACACGGGACAGUGGAGUUGCGCAACUACGAAGACGGUCAACCAUCAGAAGUGGCGCUGCUCGAGGCGCCGGCGGGGUCGUCGUCGGCAGCAGGGUCCUCUUCCGCCGAGCGCGUCCUCUGGAUCGACUUCUGCCCCGUGCCGGCCUUGCUUGCCACGGCCUCUGCCUCCUUCUCUGCCGUCGCAUUCCAGGACGGCUCGCUUGCGCUGUACACGUCCAAGGGACGGAGAACGGCGACCAUGUUUCUCGAUGCGCCCUGCUGCCGCCUCGAGAGUGCGCGCAACAUCCUCGUUGCCCUCACUGCGGACGGCAUGGUGCGGCGGUGGGACACAAAGGCAGAGCGCGAGCUGCACCGGCCCGUGAGCAUCCACUCGAUCCUCGACAAGCAGCGGCCCGACGACGAGAUCCUCAUCUUCCGCGCCCACGUCACAAACGGCCUGCCCAUCGUGGUGACGAGGUACGAGCGGGCGUAUGUCCUCGACGACCGCAAGCUGGCUUGGGUCCAGGUCUCGAGCGGCUGGCUGGCCGACUGCAGCCCGAUGUGGGAAGGCCGGAUCCGGGUGAGAGACUCGAUUGGCGGGCUCUCUUCCUCUGCGUCGUCGGCAUCGUCGUCGGCCUCGCACACGCUCAGGAUCGAGCCGGUGCGCGCCAUUGAGAGCGAGAUCAACGACCUCGUCGUGCUCCACCGCACCGCCUCGGGCAUCCGCCCGGCGGUCAAGCCAGCGUCGCGCGACACCCUCGCCAGCUUCGAGACCGCCGUCGGGCUCAGGCACCUCGAGAUGAAGAUGCAGGCUGCCACCUUGCUCGAGUCCGGCAACGAGUUCAAGACGGCGCUGAUGGCCUAUGCGCGCAGGCUUGGCGACGAGGGCAUCCGCAACCAGGCAGAGGACCUCGUCAAGAGCCUGCUCGGGCCUGUCUACUUCAAACCGGGAGAGCAGGAAGAGUGGGACCCGAGGGUGUGUGGGCACGUCAAGCGGGAGCUCCUGGCAGAGGUGCUGCGCAACAUGAGCCGCGGCAGGCUGCUCCAGGGCCUUGUGACGAGCUACCAGGACACGUUGCGACAGGUGCAGGCUUCAUGACGUUGUUGUGUACAAUUGCUUCUCGCAUUCUUCUCUUUUUGGUUUGGCCGGAGGCAUCCUUGGGCUAUAAUACACACGUUAUAAAGG